CCCUCACUCUCUCUCUCUCUCUCUCUCUGAGUCGUGGUAAUGGCGGGUGAAUGGGAACAUUUGCCGGAAGAGUGCUGGGAAUUGGUGUUCGAUCGCCUGGGACAUAAUCGAUACUUGGAAGCCCCAUCGUUAGUCUGCAAACGGUUUCUUUCCAUCAUUAAUCGGCUUCGAUCCAGUUUAACAGUAUCCGAUCCCACAGUUCUACUCCACGGGGGCACUUCGGGUCUCCUUCGAAGAUUUCACCAGCUCAAGCGUAUAGAUCUCGUCGAAUUCCAUGGCGAUUCGAAUCGGCUUCUCCGAGAGGUCGCUCUCUCUGGAUUGAACCUCGAAGUUCUCAAUCUCUCCACGCAGAGGCGACUUCCCGUCGAGGGCAUGAAGGAAUUGGGAGCCAAGGUGAAGACUUUGAGGAUUCUGAUCUGCUCAAGAUUGUGUUUCUUGCAGGACAGUGAUCUCGUUGUAAUCGCUGAUUCGUUCCCAUCACUCGAGGAACUCGAUAUUAGUAAUCCAGAACAAGAUUUUGGUUCUUUCGCUGAACUGGAUUAUGCGGAUGACCUUGCCGUCUCAGGUUCUUUUCCAUGUACUGUAACCGAUGCAGGGAUUGCGAUUUUGUCCUCGAAGCUUCAGAGACUCUGUAGAAUUAAUGUCUCUGGAAAUCAUUUCAUUUCGGAUCAGUCCCUUCGAUCUCUUUCAUCCAAGUGUGUAUUUCUGAGCGAAAUUGUGGCUCGUGAUUGCAGUCUUAUAAGCGAAAUUGGAAUUGCUUUGGCGAUCCAUCACAAUCCUCAUUUGAUUUCCCUAUCAGUAAAUGGAAACAAGACCUCUUCUUCUGCUGCUGCAUCUUCUUCUUCCUUUACAAUCGAAAGCUCUUUCAUUUGUGCAAGAGCUUUGGGCACUCUUGAUUUCUCUCAAAUGAUCAUUUCAGACGAUCUUCUCAAUUCGAUCAUCCAAGCAGAUCUUCCUUUACGCAGACUUGCAUUAUCUCGCUGCCGAGGAUUCACAUUUGCUGGAAUAUCUUCACUGUUGUCCAAAUACAGUUCUCUUAACUACUUAGACAUAGAAGGAAUAGCUUUCCUCACCGACCAGUCCCUGUUGGAGUUAUCCCACUAUCUCCAUGAUGUAAACGUCAUAAAUCUAAACUCCAACUCCAAUCUUACAAAUUCAACCUUCUUCUUGUUGGCGCAAACCUGUCCUCUUCUGGAGGAAAUCAGAAUGGAGAGAACAAGUCUAGGCAAAGAAGAUUGCCCUUCAGAGUUGAAGAAGAACUCCAAACUCCAAACCUUGAAAUUGUCAUGGAACAAGUGUCUGACCGACAAAACCCUCAAAGGGAUAGCAAUGGUCUGCCCCAACCUGAUAUCACUUGACAUAAGCCACUGUUGGAGCAUUACAGGAGAAGGAAUUGGGUACAUUGGUAUGAACUGCAGCGAGAUUAAAAUGUUAGAGGUGAGUGGGUGCAGCAGGAUGAGUAACCUCGGGACUAGUUUCGGGUUUUCCAAAUUGGAAGUUCUUCAUGCUGCAGGAUCAAGCAUCAACGAUGAGGGGCUAUGUAUGAUGGUGCAGAGCAGUCGUUGGCUUCUACAUUUGGACUUGGAAGGUUGUCUGGGAGUAACGGGUAAAGGGUUGAAGAAGGUAGUAACAAAUUGCAAGGGAUUGAAAGAGGUUAGGUUGAAGAAGUGUUGCAAUGUUGGUUCUGGUGUGAUUGCUUGGAUGGUGUUCUCAAGGCCAUCUCUGAGGAACCUAAUCCCACCAUGUGAACUUGUUUCCACAGAUGAGAAGCAAAGGGAUUUUUUCUUGCGCCAUGGGUGUUGGGUUCAUGAUUGUUAGCUAUUGUUAUUGGCCAAGAGAUUUCCCUGUCACUAAUUUUGGAGAUU